GCCAACCUGUAUUUUUCUUUCUUUUUACAUUGUGUGGUUUGGAUACUUUUGUCUGUUCUCAGCAAUGGCACACCAGUGCACAUCAUCAUGGUGAAAGGAGAGUUUUUGGCCGCGGAGGUCUGUGAUCAUUCCUUUGGACCGACGUUCCUGUCCUACCUGGGAUAGGUAGCCUAACCUAACUUUGUUCCUGGUUUGAGGAACUUUCAUCUGACUCUAGAUUUUUCACACGGACAUUCUAUAGAAUGGAGUGGGACCUGAGACCAAGGCUUUGUUUCCUAACGAAAGGGCCGCGCGGGUACGGCUUUCACCUUCACGGCGAGCGGAAUAAAGGCGGACAGUUCAUACGGAAAGUGGAACCCGGUUCCCCCGCCGAGCUUUCGGGGCUGCGCGAGGGGGACCGGGUCGUGGAAGUGAACGGGGAAAACGUGGAAGACGAGACGCACCAUCAAGUGAGUGCUCUCUCUCUCUCUCUCUCUCUCGCUCUCUCUCUCCUCUCUCUCUCUCUCUCUCUCUCUCUCUCAAUUAAAUUAAAUUCAGUGGGUUUUAUUGGCAUGGGAAACAUAUGUUUACAUUGCCAAAGGGAAUGAAAUAGAUAAUAAACAAAAGUGAAAUAGUCAGAAAUGAACAGUAAACAUUACACUCACGAAAGUUCCAGAAGAAUAAAGACAUUUCAAAUGUUAUAUUAUGUCUAUAUACAGUGUUGUAACAAUGUGCACAUAGUUGAAGUACAAAAGGGAAAAUAAAUAAACAUAAAUAUGAGUUGUAUUUACAAUGGUGUUUGUGCUUCACUUGUUGCCCUUUUCUUGUGGCAGAAAGUGCAGGAAGUGCAGCUCAGUUUCCACCUCAUUUUGUGGGCAUUGUGCACCUAGCCUGUCUUCUCUUGCGAGCCAGGUCUGCCUACGGUGGCCUUUCUCAAUAGGAAGGCUACGCUCACUGAGUCUCUACAUAGUCAAAGCUUUCCUUCGCUUUUUGUCAGUCACAGUUGUCAGAUGUUCUCUAUCUCUUCUGUCUCUCUGUGUGUGUGUGUGUGUGUGUGUGAGUUUGACUCAAGUGUGUGUGUGUGUGUGUGUGUGUGUGUGUGUGUGUGUGUGUGUGUGUGUGUGUGCGUGUGCGUGCAUGCAUUUGAGUGUGUACCACAGACAAUAUGUUACCUUCUACCUGUUUGACCACUAUAGAUUUAGAUUUUAUUAGAUCCCCAUUAGCCGAUGCCAAUGGCGACAUCUAGUCUUCCAGGGGUCCGACACAUAACGAAAAGACAUUACAAACAAACUACUUCCCAUAGGUUGUCACACCAACAGCUAUUUGCCCUAGAUGUGGUCAGAUCACCUUUUAACCCUGUAACUACCCCUAUCUCCAGCAGGGUUGGGGUCAAUUCCAGUUCAAUUCCAGCCAGUUCAGGAAGUAGCCUACACUGACAUUCCAAUUCCCUUCUAUGCUUUUCAAUGAGGAAAAUUUGGAAUUGGAAUUAAAAUGUGGUUUACUUUCUGGCACAACCCUGCUCUCCAUGUUAACCCAUUACUCUCUCUCUCUCUCUCUCAUCUCGCUCUCCUCUCUCCUCAUCUCCCUCCUCUCUCCUCCUCAUCUCUCCUCUCUCUCUCUCCAGCGUUCUUCUUUUGUUCCUCUCCUCCUUGUUCUACUCCCUCCUUUCUUUUCCUCUGCCACCAUCCCUCUGUUUGAUCUGUCAUUAUCCCUCACCUAAUCUAAAUCAUCCUCUUUUUUAUAUCUCUCUCUCUCCCUUUCUUCUCCUUACUUUCAAUUCCAUCGUUUUUCCUCAAUCUCUCUCUAAUCCAUCUGUCGCUCCCUCUCACAAUUUGUGCUUUAUUGGCAUGACUAUGAACGGUACAACAAAAAUGUGAAAGCAGUUAAUCAUUUAUCCCCCUCUCUCUUUUUCUCCCUCUAUCUCUCCUCUCUUCCCUCCUCUCUCUCCCCUCCCCCCUCUCUCCCCUCCUCUCCUCUCCUCCUCUCUCUCUCACCCUCUUCCCCCUAGGUAGUGUAUCGUAUCAGAUCAGUGGAGCAUCGCACCAGGUUGCUCGUCAUCGACAAAGAGACAGAUGAUUACCUGCGUAGUCACGGCCUGGCCUGCACCGAGGACCUCGCCGUCGAGAUGGGCAAUCUUUCUCCCCGGCCCUCCCCCUUCACCACCCCCUCAGCCUCCCCUGUAGCCCAGGAGGAAGCCCUCCCACCCUCACCCAUGCACAUCCUCACUAAAGCCCUCAAACACACCUCCGCCUCACCCAGCAGGACAGAUAAACGAUCGCCAACGUUAAGCCUGAUGAUUGGCACCAAGAAAAGGGUAAGUGAUGUGGUUGGGUAGAUGUUAUCUAUUCAGUGGGGAUAGGUAUUUGUCUAGUUUGACCUGGGCAAUAAGUCUCUUGGUUUGAAACAGACUGGCAUCCAAUGUACAGGCCUUCAACCUUCCCUCAGUCACUCUCUAAGCACAAAAACAGUUGUAUUUCAUUUCUAGUGAACCUACCGCUGCUUGGCGGUCCCAGUUCAUUCC